GCGCGCAAAGAAGUCAUCCUAUGCGCAGGCGCGAUAGCUUCUCCUCAGCUACUCAUGCUGUCUGGUAUCGGGCCGAAACAACAUCUUGAAACUUUCGGCAUACCUGUGAUACAAGCCCUCGAUGUCGGACACAAUUUACACGACCACUGUUCAUACACCGAACUGAACUUUCUUCUCAAUCAAACUGCCACAAUGGUUCCAGAUAGAACAACUGCUGAACUGUUUCAGGAAUACAUCACCAACCAUACCGGCCCAUUCUCCAUACCAGCCAGAUUCGAAUCUAUUGCAUUUGUUAAAACUCCUCACUCUGAUCUUCCCGCAGAAUAUCCUGAUCUAGAAAUCCUACUUGUUUCAACCUACCUGAAUGGGGAAAACACCAACGUUGGGUUACAACUUCUCGGAUUACCCCAAAUCAUGACCGACAGUAUCUUCGUGAACUUCCCUGGCCACGACAAAUUCAGUCUGUUUCCUAUCAUAAUGCGACCGAAAAGUCGCGGCAGAAUUUCCCUCAAAUCUUCCAACCCAUUUGUACCACCACUCAUGGAACCGAACUACCUGAGCAAUCCACACGACGUCACCACGCUCAUCGAUGGCAUGAAGAUGGUGAUACAAAUUGCCGAAUCCCAAAGCUUCACCCAAUACGGAUCACACCUGGACCCAACUCCGCUGGCAGCAUGCUCUCAUUUACCUUUUAGAACCGAUCCGUACUGGCGAUGUGCCGUCCAGCAGAUGGGAAAAAACAUCCAUCACCAAGCGGGAACAUGCAAGAUGGGACCGACAUGCGAUCCAACAGCCGUCGUCAAUCCCGAACUCCAGGUGCACGGUGUGAGCAAUCUACGUGUGGUGGAUGCUUCCGUAAUUCCUUUGCCAGUGGCCGGCCACACGAACGGAGUAGUGUUUAUGAUCGGCGAGAAGGCAGCCGAUAUGAUUAAGCGGCACUGGGCACGUACGGAAAGCUGCUGA